CGCAACCAUGGACUCUCAGACUUCGUUUCUUGAUUUACCGCGAGAGGUACGAGACAUGGUCUAUGACUACGCCCUCGAAGAUGUCAAGUUCAGCAACGCUUUUACGACUCAAACCGCUCAUUCUCCCAAGAUCUCCCCCUUGCUCUACGUACAUAAAAGCAUAUCAGACGAUCUUCAGCCUCGCCUCUACCAAAACCACGCUAUUGUCGUUCCAAUUCAAGAACCUAGCACUUAUGCAGCUGGAGACUGGAGUAUAGUCCCUAGGGUUGCCUGCUCGAAGAUGAUGAAGCAACGCUCCAACACCCUCAUCAUUGAAAUGUCUCAGACGACUAUCUCCUAUUAUCCGGAUUCAGAUCCUGAGAGAGACUUGUACGAAGAUCCCAUGGAGGAUGAAUACUUUUGGGAAUCUGACAGUCGAGGUGGAAAGACAUUUCCCCAAAAGCUCAUGAACGAUAUUCUCGCUCUGAAAUCAAGUCUCCCAGCCCUCAAAACUGUCAAAUUUGUAUUCUGGUUUGGGAAAUGGACUGCAUACCAAGAGCCUUGGGAGAAACAUCUCGAGAAGCUCAGGGUGGCUUGGCCGGAAUUGUCCUUGAAGAUCGAGCUCAAUCUGUUCGAGUUUGAAGAUCCUGACGCAGGUGACGGCGGAUUCAACUGGCUUGAGACUUGGUAUUACUGGGCGAGAGACACAAAGAGGGUCUGGUUUCAGGCGAACAAUUUCAAGUGGAAAGACCAUGCCAAGGGGGACUUUCGAGGUCGUAAGAUCAAUGUUCGGUUAUGGCAGGAUGAAGAGUUUCUGGACGGGGACGAUGAGGAUAGGGAUAGGGCUCUUCAUAGGAGGCGCUGUGAGGUGAAGCCUUUGUUUGUUAGGACAUGCGAUAUGGAUGGCCGAGUGUGA